AGGUGGUCAUCACUCCCUCGCCGCUACCGAAGAAGGCGACUGCCUCAUCUGGGGUCGCAUUGACGGAUCUCAAACGGGUAUUGCCCAGAGCGAGAUCGACAGUCUCACCGGCGCCGCCAUCAUCAAGGACGAGAAAGAUCGUCCGCGCAUUCUCGCGCAGCCAUACAAGGUCCCCGCCAUCGAUGGCGCCGUCACACACGUCGCAGCCGCGUCCGACCACAACAUUGUCAUCACCAAGCAGGGCAAGGCCUGGUCUUGGGGUUUCUCUGCCAAUUACCAGACUGGUCAAGGCACAGACGACGACGUCAAAGUCGCCACGAUGAUUGACAACACCGCCGUCCGGGAAAAGAAGCUCAACGGCGCUACCACCGGCGGCCAAUUCAGCAUUAUUACCGCGCCUGCCGAUGAAGUCCCAAUGACCAACGGCAUUUAAGCAUUGAAGGAAGGGAUAAAAGGGAAAAAGUUGCAUUUUGAGUUUCGCACAUGGAAUGGAUACAACGAAUGGAUUAUGGGCUUUUUAAUUAUGCGAAGGAAGGCUUUGACUCCUUGAAAGGGUUGAGUUGGCUGGUCUUGAGCAGACUUUCUGUGGUGUUGAGUAGCUUUGACUCCCUGAGAGGGUUGAUCGAUGCUGCUGAGGUAUGUUUGCGGGCCUCGCAGCGCAGUUCAGAUAUCGGAGUCACCUACAUCGUCGUAGGCUUUAUCGGUUAA